UGUGAUUGGCUGCGAACUCGUGAAGAACGUACAUGGUCACGAUAUGGUACAAACGUAGCUAACAGUUGCCAACUCAUCCUCGUAUGCGCCUCCCCGGCCCGUUGGGGUACCGAAACUAUGCGGGAUCCGGUGCGUAGCGCGAGCUACGGGCACACUCCGCCGGGAAUCGUGGCUUCGGGAGGCUGAAUAUAUAAGUGCACUUUCGGCCGAAGUGAGCCCUUCUCUUCGUGAUCCAAAACUCAUCUUUUGUUUAACGCCAUCGGUCCCAUACGAUAUCUCGCUGUCUAUCAAACUACGCGCCCAAAAUGGCCAAUCUACUCCCUCCGAGCAUCGAUGUGCACUCCCACUUUCUCCCGCCCUUCUACCACGAUGCCCUCAUGGAAAACGGUCACGAAAAAGUGGACGGGAUGCCCGAAAUCCCGCCCUGGUCAGCCGAAGCCCACCUCGAAAUGAUGCAGACCUGCAACGUUACCAAAUCCAUCCUGUCCAUUUCCUCCCCGGGAACACACAUCGUGCCCGGCAAAGACCAGCUGGGGAAGGAGCUCACCCGACGCUGCAACGCCUACGCUGCGGAACUGAAGAAGACGCAUCCGGAGAAGUUCGGGUUCUGGGCAUCGCUGCCGUUGCCGGAUGUUGAAGCUGCGCUCGAGGAGAUCGACAGGGCGGUUGAGGAGGGAUGCGACGGUUUCGGGCUCAUGACUAACUACCAUGGGAAUUAUCUUGGGGCAGCGGCCCUAGAUCGGGUAUUCGACAAGUUGAAUAGGCUGGGUGCGACCGUGUUCAUCCACCCCACCAAGCCCUGCAUCAAAUGCGGCACGGCGACAUCCUCGGCCGAGACCAUCGACGCACUUCCCUUUGGGGAGCAGUACCCGGUCCCAGUCUUCGAGUUCCUCUUCGAUACCGCACGGGCAGUAGUCAAUCUCUUCAACUCUGGAACCGUAGACCGCUGCCCAAAUAUGCGCUUCAUCAUCCCCCAUUCCGGAGGCUGUCUACCACCACUGAUCACCCGGUUUACUAGGUUCUCGAGCGUCGUCCCGGGUGGGAAGAUCUUGACACCGCGGGAGGUGCGGAAGCAGAUCGAAGAGCAAUUCUACUUCGACCUAGCUGGUCUCGUCUUCGAUGGCGAGAGUGGCGGUCGAGGUCAGUUGAAGGCUUUCGUACAUGGAUUCGACAUCUCAUAUCAGAGAUUACUGUACGGAAGCGACUUCCCCUUCACGCGCACGCGCUUCGUGAAGGAGUUCGCGGAUAGAAUGAAGGACGGGAUGGAGCAUCUGUUCAAUGAAAAAGAGAGGGAGGCGGUCUACGAAAGGAACGCUAUGCAGUUGUUGGAAGUGGGAAGAAUCAGGAAAUCGAACCUUUGACGGAGAGGGGGCAUGGCGAGAAUGAUGCCCA